AUGCAUUUCCCUCUCACGCCCCUACCUCCUAUCAUCCUCACCCUCUUCACCCUCUAUUUCUCGACUCUCAUCACCGCCUUACCAUCUGCAGUUGACCAAGAAAAUGGAAUACUCACAGCACCAUUUGACUUCAACAUAAAUCUCAAACCACGAGCUUUCCUCCCACCAAGCCCAGACGUAAAUGUCUCGACUUGGGUUACUCUCUCACGAGGAGAUGUGAAUAUGGAUGAUCAGAUGAAGAAGGGAAAGAGGGGUUAUGAGAGUGUGGCGGGGAGGGCGAUGAUGAGAAGGCAUUUCGGGUUGGGGAAGUUGACGAGUGUACAGCUUGGCCAACUCUGGUACACACCCCUCCAGGUUGGCGGCAAAACCUACAAACUCAUGGUCGACUCUGGCUCUUCCGAUACCUGGAUCGUUACCAAAGACUUCGUCUGCAUCGGCGAAGAUGGCGCCUCUGCUCCGCAAGCGGACUGUGAUUUUGGUCCAAAAUAUAGUCCUGGAAAAGAGCUCGAGCCGGUGAAUGAUGUAAAUUUCAAUAUUGAGUAUGGGGAUGCGUCUUAUCUUAGGGGGAGUUAUGGGAUGACGAAGGUGACUUUGGCGGGUAUAACGGUUAAGACGCAGAUUGCGCUGGCGAAGGACGUUGGGUGGGUUGCAGAUGGGAUCACGAGUGGAUUACUUGGUCUUUCAUACCCUUCAAUCACAAUGGCAUACUCAGGGACAGAUUACUCAGCUGACACACCUGAGAAGCAAGUACCCUACGACCCAAUCUUCACCUCCAUGUGGAAACAGCACAAAAUCCCACCCGUGUUCAGUCUAGCCAUCGGAAGACCAUCAGUUCCUCCACACAGUGCAUCGGAAGGCUACCUUGCACUUGGUGGUCUUCCACCCGUUUCCACGACCGGCCCUUGGGCAAGAGCUGAUAUUGAGAUCUCGCCGCUUGGACCAGGGUAUAUUAAUGGGAGUUUACCGUAUCCUCAGAUCCAAUGGUACACCAUAACCCCCGACGCAUUCCUCUACACCACCACCCCAGCCGGCCAACCUCCAGUCUGGAAACCACUCAACACCGGCCCACCAGGCACGCCGAAAUUUCAAACAAUCAUCGAUUCGGGCGUCACGCAUACAUGGCUUCCAACCCCGAUCGCUGACCAUGUCGCGAGUCUGUUCAAUCCGCCCGCCAUUUGGAACCAAACAAUCUACGGCUACGCCGUCCCCUGCACCGCCGCAGUCCCCCAGCUCGCCGUCCAAAUCAACGGCGUCAUCCUCCCCUGGCACAAGAAGGAUAUCAUUAUGGAUGACUUCACCGGCGAGGGCGGCUGCGUCAGCGGUGUUAAUAAUGGGAGGGAGUACUCGCCGUAUACGUUGGGCGAUACCUGGAUGAGGAGUAAUCUGGUGGUGCAUGAUGUCGGCGCGAAUGAAGUUAGGGUUAGGAGUAGGGGGGAGUAUUGA